AUGGUGAAUGAUAAUGAAAACUUAGUAGCUAAAUCAAAAUCAUAUAGUUGGCAUUUUGGUAAACUACCACGAAUACAAGCUGAACAGUUACUUAAUAAUGAAUAUAGUGGAACUUUUCUUAUACGUGAAAGUGAACAUUUUCCAGGAGAUUUAACAUUAUCAAUUAGAGAUGAAAUUAAAAUUCAACAUUAUAGAAUUAAAUAUGAUGGAAUAAAUAAAACUUAUACAAUUGAUGAUGAAACUUUCUUUUCUAAUCUUAAUUUACUUGUUCAGCAUUAUGAAUCUGAUGCUGAUGGCCUAUGUUGUCGUUUAGAAAAAUCGUUGAAUAAUAAACAUGAUACAAUUGUUUCGAUGAAAAUUGGAAAAACAGUGUCACCUGUUGCAAGUGUUUCAUCUGAAGUAUCAUCGACGAUUUAUUAUAACGAAUUGCAAAUUGGAAAACUUGUUGGAUCUGGAGAAUUUGCUGAAGUUUAUGAAGGAACGUAUAGAAAAUCUCGUGUUGCUGUUAAAAUGUUAAAAGAACCAAAUUCUGCAACAAGCUUUCUUCAUGAAGCUGAUAUCAUGAGUAAAUUGAAACAUCGAAAUUUGGUUGAACUGUUGGGUAUAGUUCGAAAAUCCGAUAAUAUUAUUUAUUUAGUUACUGAAUUCAUGGCUAAAGGUUCACUUCUUCAUUAUUUAACAACACGUGGUAGAACAGUGAUUUCUCAAAGUGAUUUAGUUGAUUUUGCUAUUGAUGCAUGUGAAGGUUUAGCUUAUUUAGAAAAGAAUCGUAUUGUUCAUCGAGAUAUAGCAGCAAGCAAUAUAUUAAUUGCUGAUGAUAAUACAGCUAAAAUAUCAGAUUUUGGUUUAGCUAUAUGUUUAGAAACAAUAGGAAAAGAAAAUGGAAAUAAUAUUACGACAGAAAAAAUCAAAUGUCGAACAAAAUGGACUGCACCUGAAGUACUUGAAUCAAAAAAAUAUACACAUAAAAGUGAUAUGUGGUCUUAUGGUAUUCUUCUUUGGGAAAUAUUUUCUUAUGGACGAUGUCCUUAUCCUCGUCUACCUGCUGAUGAUGUCUUGAUCAAUUUAAAAGAAGGAUAUCGAAUGGAACCACCAGAUGGUUGUCCAACAGAAAUUGGUGAUAUUAUGCGUCAAGCUUGGCAUGCUGAUUCUAAUCGACGACCAUCAUUUAGCCAAAUACUUGAACGACUUAAACGUUUGGAUGCAUCUUUUUAA